CCUUCAAAGAGCGACCCUCCGAGUCGGAUGAACUGCAGACCAUCCAGGAGCACAGCGGAGCGGCUUCAGAGUGCGGGUCGGAGAGCCCCGAGCAGGACUUAGAUUAGGCUGACUUUUGUUUUUUUCUUUCCCUCUCCUCUCUUUCUGUUCCUUUUCCAUCUUUGCGCUUUGCUCUCUCAUUUACGAGAGGCGCUUAAGUCCCCCCAACGUUCGACGAAUAAAAAUCAACCAACCAACAACAACCAUGGCUUCAGCUAGCAGCUCUGCUCAGGCCGCCUUCGGACUGGGCCGCAGAAAGAAGAACCCCGGGCUCUUGGAUCAAAUUGGGAAGUUCUUUGGAGGAGACAAGAAGAGGAAGGGCAAGGGUUCUUUCCGAGGUGCUCUCUCUCCAGCCCCUCAGAAAGCAUCAGUGACCUCACCGCGUAAACGUGGAGCAGAGAACGCCGUGGUCCACUUCUUCCGUACGAUCGUGAGUAAUGCCCCCGAAGAGCAACACCUCUCUAACACGUCAGGAGAGUCAGAGUGCUUCAGCAAUGUGUCCCCCGCCCCUCCCAAGUCUAGGUGGAGAGGACUAGCCACCAAGAUAGGCCUGGGACCCCAGAAGUCAAGCAAGAAGGCCAGUGCAGGGGACGGCAAAGGCACCCUGACUAGGAUCUUCAAAAUGUGAUGAUAUCAGCAGCAGAGGAAGCAGGAGUUCUUCUCCAGCCAAACGCUGAAGCCCCCACCUCCUCCAACACCAAGAGGGUACCUGUUCCUGAGCACAUGGAGGGGGAAUUCAAGAAACUUUCUCCCAACUGUCUCCUUUUAACACUUUAAUCCUAUUACUGCCCUCCUCCCCACACACUCUUUGUGCUGAUACAUAGCCACACAAUCUGCACCCCCCCCCCCCCCCCCACCCCCAUCCUGCUAUAAGUCUGUGCAGCCAUCAUCACCUGUGUGAACCGUACGCUGAAGCUGAUCCUGAAGCCGCUCACAUGUGCAGCCUGAAUGACACCCCACCCCCACCCUCACCCCACACGUAUUGUCUUAUUUCUAACUGAAGGUGGCUACACGGAGCAGACCUGGGGUAGGAGGUAAAGGCCGGUGCAGGUCUGACUGACUGGACCGUUACUGCCGCUCCCUGAUAGGCUGAAACCACCGGGCUGCUUCCGCGUUAGAAAAGAGCAGGUUUUUUGUUCUGUCUCUCUGUCUUUGUCCAACCUCUCCCAGCAUGUUUGAGCUUUGUUUCUGUGGAAGAUUAAACCCAUUUAGCAUAAUCGUCUGUGACUUUGUGGUCAUGAUGUGUUCCCUCUUGUGUCCGAGCUGUAGUGAAGUGUCCUGUUAUGAAUGUGGUACUGAUUUCAGAUCGGCCUUUCAUUUGAUAAACAUUUCUGUGAUUUUCAGUCCAGAAUCAUGACACGACUAAUGUCCACUUCCAGAACUGCGUUAUUUUAUGGUGAAGUUUUACAGCUUUAGUUUAAUCUCCAUAUUGUUUUGUUCUUAAGUGCCUUUCCCCCUGAUUACCAAAAAAAAAAAAAACUCAAAUGCACUGCAUCUUUUGGUGAAUAAUAAAGAAGAAAAAACACAAUUUCAAAAAGGUGCUCUUUAACUAACUGGAAUGAUGCAUCCUCUGGAAUAUGUGCGUUUUAAGUAAAACAAAAAAAUGUUAAUGUCAGCAGAAGAAAAGCUUGUCAUAGGAUGUGCUGCUGCAUCCAUCUUCCUAAAGCAGGUGUGUGAGUGUGAGUGUCAUGUACAACAUUCAUCUAUCGUAGUGUGUGUGUGUGUGUGUGUGUGUGUGUGUGUGUGUGUGUGUGUGUGUGUGUGUGUGUCAUGAGAUCCCUCAUUGUUUUUUUUUUCUUUCUGAAUGGAUCCUGAGAAUGAAUGUAAACAUCCUUCUCAUAUUGUAUGUGUAAUAAAACAUGACCGACCAUUUAACUGAAAAUAAAAAGUAAAAACUAUGAAUACA